GUCCUAAGAAUUCAAGUUGUGAUUAUUUAAUAGAUCAUUCGAUAUGUUCUGAAGAAAAAGAAUGUCAAUGUGCUCCUGAUUAUUCCCCAAUGGGAGAUAGUAUAUGUAUACUAUUCAAUACACAUUGCAUCAAUAACGAAAUGUGUUCAAAAAAUUUCAUUUGUGUCAAUAAUAAAUGUCAAUGCAAACUUAAUUAUGUCAAUCGAGGAUCAAAAUGUCUUCCAACGUAUUUGAAUGGAACGUGUGAAAAUUCCACAGAUUGUAAUGAAAUUAGAUUUGCCAUGUGUUCAGAUCGUCAUAAGUGCGUUUGCGGUAAUAAUUAUAUGGCAGUUAAUGAAAAAAGUUGUGCUACGACUGUAGGUGGAUUUUGUUUUUUCGAUGAAGAAUGUGCUAGUGAUAAUUCGAUCUGUAUUGAUAAUCGUUGUCAAUGUAAACUUACUGCUUUAUUAACUGAUAAAAAUCAAUGUGUUCCAAUUCGACUAGGAAAGCCUUGUAAAAGACAUGAAGAUUGUGAACCUAAAACAAAUUUAAGGUGUUCAGUAAAUAAUAUAUGCGUUUGCAAUUCUCAUCAUGCUGCUGUUAAUGAAUCUUUUUGCGCACCAAUUAUGGGCGGAUUUUGUUCAAAGGAUAAAGAUUGUCAAUUUAGUGAAUUUCAUUGUGCUGAUAAUAAAUGUCAAUGCAAACCUAAUUUUAUCGGAAUAUCGUCUCGUCAAUGCAUGAAAAACAGUCUGGCAACUUCUUGUUAUGAUGCAUUAGAUUGUAGUGAUCCGUGGCAUGCUGCAUGUUCACCGAAUAAAAAAUGUAUUUGUAAAACAAAUCAUUUAGCGAUUAAUAACGCAACAUGUUAUCCAAUUUUAGAUGGAUAUUGUUGGAAUAAUAGUCAAUGUAUAAUAAGAAAUUCUGUAUGUUCUGAUUUUCAAUGCACAUGCAAAUCAGAUUUUGUUGCUGUUUCUGAUAAUCUUUGUAUACCCAACAAAGUUUAUCAUUCAUUAUAAAAAUUACAUCCACGAGAUUAAUACUUAGCCCUG